AUGACCCGAACACAACCUGAAACUAAUCUGUCUGACCCCUGCUACAACUACACUGUGCUGGAUGAACCAUGGAGAGCCACCAGUAAUACAUAUGAUUCAGUCAGAAAGUGUGACCAGUCAGUCACCUGGAGCGGCUGGUAUCGUCUCUUCAUCAACGGUCUGAGCGCUCACAUCCCAGACACAUGUGUUGCACGUGGUAGCUGUGGUACAGAUAUUGCACUGUGGAUUCAUGGUGGACACCCAGCAGCAAAAGAUGGCGUCGUCACUCGAGAUGUCUGUGGUUACUAUGAAAAUUACUGCUGCUAUAUCGGGUCUUUUCCCAUUAAAGUCAAAGCCUGUCCAGGCAAUUAUUAUGUCUAUGAAUUGGUUAGUCCAACUCUUUGCAAUUCAGCAUACUGUGCAGCUUAUCCCACUGUUGACCCCUGCUACAACUACACUGUGCUGGACGAUCCAUGGAGAGCCAACAGCAGUCAGCUAUCAAACUCCUACAAGUGUGACCAGUCAGUCACCUGGAGCGGCUGGUAUCGUCUCUUUAUUAACGGUCUGAGCGCUCAGAUCCCAGACACAUGUGUUGCUCAGUACAGUUGUGGCACUAAUAUCCCACUGUGGAUUCGUGGUGGACACCCAACAGUUCAGGAUGGAGUCGUCACUCGAGAUGUCUGUGGUCAUUGGAAAAGUUACUGCUGCUAUUACGGGUCUUACCCCAUUAAAGUCAAAGCCUGUCCAGGCAGUUAUUAUGUCUAUGAGCUGGUUAGUCCAACUAAAUGUUCUGCAUACUGUGCAGAUCUGUAG